AUCUCAGCAAAAUAUUUCUCUGUGACUUUAAAGAAGACAGUUACCGACCUGAUCCCCAAACAAGUUGGAGAAAUAGCUUCCAUGGCCUUGUUGUGAAGGUGAGACAGGGCCCAUUGAGCUUACACUGAGAUCAGGAUCAAUACACACUUAGUGUGUGACAUAGUGAGAGGAAGCUUCGCCUCCCUUUGAACUUCUCUAAACAGUCAUUUUGCCUCCCCUUGGGGAUCACUGCUCAGCUCAAUGGCCUUUCAGGACCUCCUGGAUCAAGUUGGAGGCCUGGGGAGAUUCCAGAUCCUUCAGAUGGUUUUCCUUUGUAUCUCCAGCCUCAUAGUGUACCCUCAUAUUCUAUUGGAGAACUUCACUGCAGCUGUUCCUGGUCAUCGCUGCUGGGUUCACAUCCUUGACAAUGACACUGACUCUGCUAAUGGCACUGGGACCCUCAGCCAAGACACCCUCCUGAGAAUCUCCAUCCCACUGGACUCAAACCUGAGGCCCGAGAAGUGUCGUCGCUUCCUCCUCCCCCAGUGGCAGCUCCUUCACCUGAAUGGGACCUUCCCCGACAUGAGUGAUCUGGACACAGAACCCUGUGUGGAUGGCUGGGUGUAUGACCAAAGCUCCUUCUCCUCCACUGUGGUGACUGAGUGGGACCUGGUAUGUGAAUCUCAGUCACUAAAGUCAAUGGUCAAAUUCUUGUUCAUGGCUGGAAUGCUGGUGGGAAGCAUCAUAUAUGGCCAUUUAUCAGACAGGUUUGGGAGGAGGUUCAUGCUCAGAUGGUGUUUGCUCCAGCUCGCCAUUACUGACACCUGUGCAGCCUUUGCUCCCACCUUCCUCAUUUACUGCUCCCUACGCUUCUUGGCUGGGUUUUCUACCAUGAGCAUCCUGACAAAUAUUUCUGUGCUUAUUGUAGAAUGGACAGUGCCCCGAUUCCAAGUCAUGGGAAUGACCAUGUCAAUCUGUGCUGCUUGCAUGGGACAGAUCGCCCUAGGAGGACUAGCUUUUGCCAUUCGAGACUGGCACACCCUUCAGCUGGUGUUUUCUGUCCCAUUAUUUGUCUUCUUUCUUUCCUCAAGGUGGCUGGCAGAGUCUGCUCGGUGGCUGAUUAUCACCAACAAACCCGAGGAGGGCUUAAAGGAACUUAGAAAAGCUGCUCACAGGAAUGGAAGGAAGAAUGCUGGAGACGCCCUAACCAUGGAGGUUGUGAGAUCCAUCCUGCAGGAAGAGCUGGAGGCCGCACAGACCAAACCUUCUGUGUUUGACUUGUUCCGCACACCCAGCCUGUGUAAGAGCAUCUGUCUCCUGUCCUUUGUGAGAUUUGCAAACUUCAUGUCCUAUUUUGGCCUGAUUCUCCACCUCCAGUACAUGGGGAGCAAUGUUUUCCUGUUCCAGGUUCUUUUUGGUGCAGUCAACCUCCCAGCCAAUUAUGUUGCAUUUUUGGCACUGAAUCACCUGGGCCGUCAAGUAAGCCAGACGCUCUUCAUGUUUCUCCUUGGAGUCUCCAUUCUGGCCAUCACAUUUGCACCUCAAGAAAUACAGACCCUGCGUGUGGCUUUGUCAACUUUGGGAAUAGCAGUUUCUUCUAUGGCUCUCAUGUGUACUUUUGUCCAUGGAAAUGAACUAGUCCCCACCAUUAUCAGGGUAACAGCCUCAGGAUUCAUGGGAAUUGCUUCUAAUAUUGGGGCAGCCCUGGCUCCCCUCUUGAUGAUCCUAACAGUAUAUUCUCCCCACCUACCCUGGAUCAUCUAUGGAGUCUGCUCCAUCCUCGCUGGCCUUGUUGUUCCACUCCUUCCUGAAACCAGGAACAAGCCUCUGCCUGACUCCAUCCAGGAUGUGGAAAAGGAGAGAAGAGGCUCAAGAAAAGCAAAGCAGGAAGAUACCUCCAUGAAAGUGACACAGUUUUAAAGGAUUCCAGGAACUAACUGCUAAUCAAAGAGCAAGAUAAACAAGAAAAAUUGGGAUCAUUCCCAGAUAUUGGCAAAAUUUGGAAAACAAAUAAAUAAAAAGAUAUAAAGGAAAAAUGGACCCCAUUUACAAUUGCAGUUCUAAAAAACUAUAUAUAAAAUGCCUAUGACUAAUCAUAGUAAGAAGUUUGAGGAAAGUCAUAAUACUUUUAAAGGAAUCAUAAUAAAAUAUGUGUAUAAUUGUAGCACCCUAGCACAUUUCUGGAAAGAAAGCUAGAAUAGUAUUUAAAACAUUGAUUCUGCUCUAAUUAAUGACUGAGUAAUUGAUGUAAUAAUUACUUUGGGGACAAUUUGAAAAAGUUCCAAAUAUAUCUACAAAUUAAUUAUAGACAAGAUCCAGAAAAAUGAAGUUUAUGGAGGGAAGGUGGUGCAAGUAUUUGGGGCAGCAUAUGCUGAAAUGAAACGCAGAUGCAUUUACAAAUCAAAAGAAGUCCAGAAUGAGACGGUGGUGUGUAGAACACUUAAAAUUUGAUAAUUUGGGCAUCAUAAAUCACUGGUAGAAAAAAAUGAUUAUGUAAUAAAUAUCAUUAACUAACUUUAGAAAUAAAUGACUAAUAAUUUGAUUUCAUUCUCUAAACCAAAAUUCCAUAUGGUUAAAAUGACAAAUGGAACAAUUAAGCCAUGUUAUUCAAUAGAAAAUGUGGGUACAAAAUCUUGGGAUUAAGAAAAUGUUCUGAUAAGUAAAGCAAAUGCCAAUGAUUUAAAUACAGGUAGAUUUGACUAAAUACUCAUUUAAAACCUCUAUUGGACAAAACUCUAAAAACUUAUGGGAGAAAUCUAGAAAAAAUAUUCACCAAAAUGAUAAAAGCUGUUAACUUUUAGUGGUGUACCUUUAUGAGAUUUUACUUUCUUCUUUGUAAGUUUCUGUACUCUAAAUUUUAAAAGGAUAAUGCAACAUUUUAAAAUAUUACAAGAUACUAUCAAAAAUAAACUGCAAAAGACAAAUUAACAAUUUUCAAAAUGAUUAUAUAUUAAUAUGUAGGAUUCUAAUAUAUAUUCAUGAAAAGAAUACAUAAUUCAAUAUUAGAUGGUCAAAAGGCAAGAGCAUAUAAUUUUCAAAAGAAAAAAAUCCUAUGACUAAUAAAUUUAUGAAAAACUGUACAAAACCACUGGAAUUUAAAGACAUAUAAACUAAGUAAAAUACCAACUUUUAUUUUCCGAAGAAUGUAAAUGGAAACUUGUUAAUUGAUGGUGGAGUUAUAAAAUAACAUAUGCCAUACAAUUGCAUAAAACAGAAUGGUGUCAUUAUAAAGAGCUUUAAAAAUCUUUCAUUGAUUCAGCAACCAUUUAUUCAGCAUGUAAUAGCCA